AUGAGUGUUCCUGAUGGUGAUCCAACAAAGGGUGCAAAACUUUUCAAGCAACGCUGUUCCCAAUGCCACACCACCGAAAAGGGUGGAAAGCAUAAGACUGGACCUAAUUUACAUGGCUUGAUUGGAAGAAAAACGGGUCAAGCACCUGGAUUCACUUAUACCCCUAGUAAUAUUAACAAAGGUAUCACUUGGGGACCUGAUACCCUCUUCCAAUAUUUGGAAAAUCCCAAAAAAUACAUCCCUGGAACUAAAAUGGUAUUUGCUGGCUUGAAGAAAAAGAAUGAACGAGCCGAUCUAAUCGCCUUUUUAAAGGAAGCAACGAAAUAGUUAUGGAU